AGCGCGUCUGGCUCUUCACGUCUCCUUACAGCUCGCUUUUUUCCAUCGCGCGCUGCGAGCCAUCUUCAUUCCUUUGGGCUGAUCUGAGGCUCAGUAUAGACUACUUAUGAGGGUCCUCCUUCUUUUUGGGCUCUUGGCGGUGUUGGCGACGACGGUGCUUGCAUGGACUAAGGAAGACCACGAGAUCUUCGACCUCGUGAGCGAGUUAGAGGCCGCAGAAGGAAAGAAAACGACGUUCUACUCAUGGCUUGACGUCCCCGAUACCGCUACGACGGCAGAGAUUGCCCGCGCGUACCGUAAAAAGAGCAUGUUGCUCCACCCGGAUAAGAACCCUGGCGUGAAGGGUAUUCAUGAACGGUUCGCGAGGCUUGGCGUCAUUUCGUCCAUCCUGAGGAAUACGGAGGGUCGGAAGCGGUACGACUUCUUCUACAAGAACGGUGUCCCGCGCUGGCGCGGUACGGGAUACUAUUACUCGCGUUUCAGGCCUGGUCUCGGGACCGUGUUGGUAUUCCUGACCAUGCUGACCUCGGUGUUGCAAUAUAUGGUGCAGAGUAUGAACUACAAGAAGGAUACCGCUCGUAUAGAACACGUCGUCCGCGAGGCGAAGCUUAAUGCGUGGGGACAGAAGAUGGUGCCUAUUGAAGGGCGGAGGAAGGUCAAGGUGAACUUGGGUGGCCCACCCAGAUUGGACGACUCGGGGAAUGUCGUGCUCGGGAAGUCGAUAGAUAUGGUGGUGGAGACGGUGCAAGGAACGGGACACGUCUACAUGCUCGAGCCCGGAGGCGACAUGAUCCUCAUUGACGCUUCGACCGCGACCCCACCAUCCUUUAAACGAACCUGGUUCAUCACCCUCGCUACCUCGCUCUACCACAAAGCCUACUCCCGCCUCUUUCCACCUAACCCGAAAUCGAACGGACGGGCCGAACCAUCGGAGGGGGACGAAGGCGAGAGCACAGGCGUCGAGACCGAAUCAGACAUGCUAGACUCGGACGUGCCCGAAACGAACGGCGGUGCGAGAGCGAGUGCUGUAAAGGCCGCAGGCGCAAACGGGAACGGGAAUGGGAAGAAGAGAAAGAAUAAGAGACGGUGAAAGUGCUCGCAUUGCCCGAACUAUCUCUCUUCUCUUGAUUGUGCCUCCGCCGUGUGGCGUAUUACCGUAUACCUUUUGCGCCGGUCUAGAGCCGGCCUAGUUUUGGCCUAGAGAGCGAAAGCAUCUCUCUUGAUCAGUCUUGGGCUGUCGAUAGACAAGCAUCGAUGUGAGGUCCGU